AUGGAGUUGCCAGACUAUCCUAUUUAUUGUCAUUGGGGAGGGGAAAUUUUGCAAAGUAGCGGUGAUGUUACAUAUAAAGGAGGAGAGCGAAAAUUUGGGUUUGUCAAUUGUCAAAUGAGUUAUGAUGAGGUUUUGAGUAAGGUUUAUGAUCUUAUGAGAUGUGAUUCGAGAUAUGUGGAGUUAAAGAUACUAAUGAGGUAUCCAAUGAUGUCCGGUUCAUAUGAAGCCAUUCCGUUGGAUGAUGACAAUUCUUUAAAAGCAAUGUUGAUUGCUAUGUCUCAAACACAAUCAACCACAAUGCAAUUGUUCAUCGAGCAACUUCCAAAGCAACCCGAAACUCAAUCUCACUUGGAAUCCUUUCAUGAAAUGGAUUCAUGGGCGAGUCCAUUUCCCUACUUGCCCUUGACAAAUCAAAGUGGGUUAACGGGUUCAUUCACAAGAAUGCUUACGGAUGAACAAUAUGCUAGUGAACACAUUUCAGAGCUCACUUCUCCAACUCAAACACCACAUGUAGAAGCUACAAAUGGUGAUCCAUCUAUGAUACUUUUCGAUUCUCUAGAUCAAAUAUGUGUUGAUUUUUUUAGAGAUGAAGCGGUUGGGGUGGAUAGUGAUGUUGAUGAAGAUGAAGAUACACAAGAUGCUAAUGACAAAGCUAUAAGAGAAAGCGCUCCAUCUCAAAUUUUCAACAAUGUUGCAGAGUUGGAUUCGAUUUUGCUUGAUUCUUGGAGGACUUGGUCCAACAACCACUCUUUUGAUGGUGAAUUUGCUAUUGGGCAAGAGUUUGAUUCUUUGGCGCAAUUGAAAGACAUAGUUAAAGGUUAUUCCAUAGCUAAAAAUCAUUCAUUUAAGGUGUUGGAGAGUGAGCCCACAAAAUACGUAGUUGAGUGUAAAAGAAAGAGUUCAUGCAAAUGCUCAUGGAGGUUACGUGCAAUCAAGGAUCCUUGUCUUGCUUCAUUCAGAAUUGUGAGGUAUAAUGGCCCCCAUGCAAGUAAUUGUUUGGGUGAUAUAAACUCAAUCGAUCAUCCUCUUCUCUCCUCUGAUUUUGUAUGCAAUGAGAUAAAAGAUCUUAUUCGUGCCGAUCCUUCUUUGAAAAUCCGUGUUAUUGUGCAAGCGGUGAAAGGCAAGUUUAAGUAUACCAUCACUUACAAGAGAGCUUGGUCAGCGAAACAAAAGGCUAUUGCAAGCAUUUUUGGUGAUUGGGAGAAAUCUUACGAAGAGUUGCCUAGGUACAUGCAAGCAUUGAAGGAGUCUAAUCCGGGAACCGUAGUGGAAUGGUGUACCUUGGCUUCUAAUGAAGAUCCUUCUGUUCACAUUUUUUUGAGAGUGUUUUGGGCAUUCAAGCCUUCCAUAGAUGGUUUUAAGCACUGUCGACCCCUAAUCACCAUAGAUGGAACUCAUUUGUAUGGUAAGUACAAGGGCACGUUACUCAUAGCCAUGGGUACAGAUGCGAAUUCUCAAUUGUUCCCUCUUGCUUUUGCUAUUGUUGAAAGUGAAAAUGGUGAGAGUUGGAAAUGGUUCAUGAAAUGCAUUCGGCAUUUAGUUACUCAGAGGGAAGGUUUGUGUGUCAUUUCUGAUAGACAUGCAGGUAUUUUGCAAACAAUGAAUGAGGUCAAUAGUGGGUGGGAGGAGCCGCAUGCCCACCAUCGUUUUUGUACUCGUCACCUUGCCUCUAAUGUCGACUCUCAGUUCAAGAAUGCUUAUGUGAAGAACCUUUUCGGAAAAGCCGCAGAUGCUCGUCAAAGAAAGAAGUUUGAUUACUACUUGGGAAGAAUUGGUGAAUUGAAUGUUGAAGCUCGUUAG